AUGACGGCGGUGCGCGCCACCCCGUUCCUCCGCGGAGGCCACGAUAUCGCGCGCGCGACGAAGCCGCGGCGCGUCGAGCGCCGGGAGCGCGUCGAGGAGCGCGGUCGCCUCCCACGCAUCGCCGCGACCGUUCGUGGAAGAAGCACGUGCGCAGCGGCCCGGGCGCGGCAGCAGCUUUCAUCGUCGCCGUCGCCGGCGUCGACGCGCCUCUUCUCGGGCGCUCGCGUCCGCGUCGCGUCCGAGAGGCGCGGCGAUUCCGCGCGAUGCGACGUCUUCGGCGCGGGUCUCGCGCACGUCGCCUGGCCCCUGGUCCAGCCCACCGACCAGUUCGGGAUGUGGGCGGCGAUGCUCGCGGCGUCGUCGUUCGGGCUGUGGGGGGCGAAGCAGCGAUGGGGCUCCAAGCUCGGCGGCGCGCCGCUCAUCUCGACGCUCUGCGCGCUGGUCCUCGCCAACACCGGCGUCAUCCCGCACUCCGCCCCCGCGUUCGCCGUCGUCAACAAGUUCAUCCUGCCCCUCGCCAUCCCGCUCCUGCUCUUCACCGCCGACCUCAAGCGGGUCAUGACGUGCACCGGGCGCGUCCUGUGGGCGUUUUGCGUCGGCACGGUCGGUACCGCCUUGGGCAGCAUGCUCGCCUUCAGCAUCGUGCCCAUGAGCGGGCUGGGCGAACACGCGUGGACCAUGGCCGCGGCGCUCAUGGCGCGCCACGUCGGCGGCGCCGUCAACUACGUCGCCGUCGCGGGCAUCCUCGACAUACCCCCCAACCUCGUCGCCGCGGGCCUUGCCGCGGAUAAUCUCAUGACUGCCGUGUACUUCUCCGCGCUCUUCAGGUUCGCCAGGGAGACGCCCGCGCCGGAAAUCGACCAGGCAUACGACCUCAAGGACCCCUCACACGGCGUCGCGCGAGACGAGGCCAAAGCCGACGUCAUCCUGAAGGCUAGGCUCUCCAACGCGUUUGAAGUGAAUAAAGGGUCGUACGCUUUGACAACCGCCGCCGCCAUCUGCGCGUUUGGCACGUACGUCGCGGGCGCCGCGAACGUCGGCGCGCAGUGGAUCAUACCCAUCGUCACCCUUACGACCGUGGCGCUCGCCACGUUAUUCCCGAAGAAGGUCGGCGGGUUGGCUCCGAGCGGCGAGGCGCUGGCGAGUUUAGCGAUGCAGAUGUUUUUCGUCGUCAUCGGCGCGAGCGGUUCGAUUCGACAGAUGGUGUCCACGGCUCCGGCGCUGUUCUUCUUCAGUUUCGUGCAGGUGAUGACGCACCUGUACUUCACCGUGCACGCGGGGGAGAAGCUCGGGAUGAGCCGCGCGGACUUGCUCAUCGCAUCCAACGCCAACGUCGGGGGACCGACCACCGCCGCGGCGAUGGCGGCGAGCAAGGGUUGGCGGAGUUUAGUCGUCCCCGCGAUGCUGACGGGGGUGCUGGGAUACGCGGUGGCGACGUUCGUGGGCGUCGGGUUUGGGUACGCGGUCCUGUCCAAGAUGCCGCUGAGAUAGACGAAGCGAGCUCUACGUGUCGUGGUCGAGUGAUGAGUCGUUCCUUUCCUGUUGAUACACGCGCCGUUGAAGGGUUGCUUGGCGCUAUUUAGGUAGUUGUUGGUAAAAAAAGUUAUUCGUCGAGUUC